UCUUUGCAGAUUCCGUGUAGUGGAUCCAGAUCUGAAGCAAAAGUUCAGAUUCAACUUAUUGGAGAAAACCUGAGGAAUUUCUGCACUCUGAGAACGAAAUCCCACUGAAAAAGUUUCGAAAACCAACCACCGUCAACAUGUCACGUCACUCCAGAACACGUUGGCGAACCAUCGCUCUCCUACUUUUCUGCCAGUUUGUCAACCUGGUCAGUACCACCUCGACAUCAUCCCGUUCAAAGAUCGCCGACCGAAAAAGUUCCAACCUGCAGGAAUCGGACGACAUGCUGAACAUCUGCGAACUACCGGCCAACAGGCACCUCAACAUCUACUGCAUGUGCGACGACCCCCAAAACGCAACCUCUGUCAACUGUCUCAUAUUCAGCAGCGGGGAAAAAGAAGACUCGUUCAUCUGGAACAGAUUUGAAGCUCUACCUUUGGUGAAGAAACUGGAAUUCCAUUACAGAGCAGUGGUCACACCUAACUUCAUCCCCAGCAAAGCUUUAAGGAGUUUGAAACAGUUGAAAACCUUGGAAAUCGUUUAUGGUAACAUUGAGAGAGUUGGAUCCUACGCGUUCUCAAAUCUGAGUCUCCUACAGGAUCUGGAACUGACAAGGAACCAAAUCGCUUACCUGGAACCGUUCUCUUUCUGUCACCUACCCGAACUGAAAGUGAUCACACUGGGAGAAAAUCAGAUCGUAGAGUUGAGACGAGAUGUGUUCGUUGAUAUUCCCAGUUUAACGAAACUGUACAUCGAUCGCAAUAACCUGACAACCAUCCAUGAUCGCGCUUUCGCUCAGUUGAACAAGUUGGAAGAGUUGGAACUCCAUGGAAACCAGUUGACGUCCAUCAACUCGUUGACGUUCUACGGGUUGUCCCGUUUGAAACAACUGGAUCUCCACCAAAACCGGUUGUCGUUGAUUGGUGAGAAUACGUUUUCCGAGAUGCCACGACUUGAGGAGUUGAUUCUGGAGAGCAACCGGUUGCAGUACAUCAACGAGAAAGCGUUCAGCGGUUUGAAGCACCUGAACCGCCUGAUCUUGAGUGAGAACCGGCUGCAGUCCAUCCAUGCCGGUUUGCUGGUACCUCUGCGCGAUCUGCGGUUCUUGGAUCUACGAGACAACAAUCUGGAAACUCUUUCGUACGAGACUGUGCUGCCCAUGGUUCCCAAUCUGAAGAAUACGUCAUCCUACCUGUUCCUUGAUGGCAACCAGUUCAUCUGCGACUGUCGCCUCUCCUGGAUGCGUGGUCUGCUGAACGACACGCCCACCGACCAAGUGAAGACCGUCCUCGAAGAACUCACCUGCGUCUGGGAGGACGAAGACAAUGACAUCGGCCAUGGAGUCGCACCUCUCACUUCCUUCCGCACUCAUCAUCACCAGCACCAUUCAUCCUCCGAACACAACUACGCCAGAGACGAGCUGAAUGACAGCGAAUACGAUAACACUCACAAUGACUACGAAGGCAAGAUGAAGAUGUUCCUGGACAUCCCCCCUGAGGCGCUCCCGUGUCCACAGGAGUCCAAACAGGUCCCUGAUAUCCUCGACUAUGCCGACAAUGAGCUUCUGGGUAUCAAGGAAUCUCCUUUCAGUCAGGCUAAUGCAGCCUCUGAUAUCUCAUCACGUCCACUGGUAGUAUCCGGGAUCAUGGUUGCAGCAGUUUUCACCGCCUCGUUUCUGAGGCUGUUCUAAGGCAAGGUCUGUGGAAGGACAAGGUCUCGCCAUUUGUAGUAGGGUAUUUUGUGGUAAGGACCUUGGUUCUAAGGAAUGAACGUUUAGACUGAAGAGAAACUGAGAGUAGGCUAGUGGCUAGGUGUUGUGAGAUGUUUUCAUGUUCUGCUGGUGUGGUGGUCCUUUUUGUAAAUUUGAUCAUGGUGUGUAUGAGGUUUCCCAAUCUUCGAAAAGUUCUAGAGGAAGCCAAGAGAAUUGUAAGAUGAUUAUGGAGUUGAAAAGAUAAUAACAUCUAUGAGAAAAUGACGGUUAUGAAGUUGCAAAUCCAGGAAAAUGCAUGAACGUUCAACAAAUUUGCAGAAGAGUUUAGAUAAGCUCAUUAAACAUCAUAAAUCAAUGAGAGGAUGGUGAUCUAAGAGUUGUAUGUCCAGGAAAAUUGAAGAUCUUCGAAAAUAAUUAAUUGCAGAGAAGUUUGGAUCAAUUUGUUGACAUUAUGUCUAUGAGAAGAUGCUGAUCUCAAAGUUGCAUAUCGACGAAAAUUCGAGAUAUUUGAAGAAAAAUAGAUUACAGAGAAGUUUAGAGAAGCUGGACAGUAUCUUAUCUAUGAGAAUACAAUGAUUUCAUAUUCAUAUGAGUCCUGAGAAAUUUAUAAUCUUCAAAAUGCUUUGAAUGAUUUCAGACAAGUUGAUUGGAGCUUGAAAUUCAAGAGAUGGCUGAGAAGUGAUAAUCUAAUAAAAUGCAUAAUCGCAUAAAAUCUUCAAUUGAAAGGAGGAAAAUACUAAACGGAUUUGAACAAUCAUUUUUCUUUCAAUAACAAUUCUCCAUGUGAUUAUGUUAUCAAAUCAGUUCUAUGGUGUACGAGCUCCAAUCAAGUCUCCCUUGGAGAUGAUAAAUCAUUUACUGUCAUACAUAUUUCUUCAUUUUCCUGAAAAUGUGUUUCAGAACACAUUAAUCUUACAUUGCAAAUCCCAUCAUUAUUUGGAACUACGAUAGGCUAUUCUCCAGUCGAAGGUAAUUUAUUUUAUUAUUCCUGUCUUACAUUAAAUGUUUUGUAGAAGCUUACUUCUGGAGACUUAUUUUGAUUUAAUUUGGAAUGUGGAUAUUUUGUAAUAAUUUAACUUGUAUUUAGUAGCAGCUUAUCGUGGGAUUCAUUAUCAGCAAUUUAUUUCAUCAUCCAUCAUAACUAACUUUAUCAAUAAUUUUCUUAACUUGACCUAAAAUUGUUUUUUAAAUACAAAAUUACAACAUGAAUAUAAUCUUCGUUCCAUCUUAUAAUUAAAUUUGUAAAAUAAUUUAUCACUGCCUCUGUGAUUUUAUUUCACUCACUUCAUUAUUCAUGUGAACACCAAAUUCUAUUUAGAACGAAUUUUGUAUAUUUUUGUGGUAGGAAUAAUUUGUUUUAAAGUGAAAUUCAUAUCACAUCAUCAUUGUGUAGCUUGGUUGAAAUUUCACAGAAGUUUGAUCAUUCUUUGUGUAAUUAUGUGAUGAACAUGAAGAAAUACCUAAUGUAAAAGAAUUUGAAAUUUGAAAGUUCCAGGUAGAACAAGAGAGUGUCUGUAAACUGUGGUGUAUUGGGUUUUGUAAUGAUUGUGUGAUUGUAAUUAACGAUUGCUAGAUGUUGAGACUUGUAAAAUGAAUGGUGAUAGAUAAUUUACAAUUCUUAUUUCAUGUGAAUGUAAAUAGUUUCUUCGUUUUAGAUUUUAUACUGUUUUUUUUUCUCUAGCUACUAUAAAUGUUCCACUAAUUCCUACUAUGAUAUUCAUUCCAUUUCGGAAUCAAUAAUGAUUCUAGAUUAUUUUGCAAGGUUCUGAUCAUUUUUUGUUAUUUGCCUAACAGUAUUAGGUUUGUUAUUUAAAAUGCAAUUGCAUAAUUAUGUUCAGCAAAGUAAUGUUAAUUUAUUGUCAGCUAGUAUUGAAUAGAUGUCAUCAUUGACACUCAAUAAAUAUGAUACACAGCAUAUGAACAUCUUCAUAGAUUUUUAACGUACCUUAACGUAUUUAAAAUUCUAAGCAUAUAAUUGAAUACAAUUUUUAAGGCAUUGAUGAUCUGUACAAAUCACAUAGAAAAAUUGUAUUUUUCAGUUUUUGAAUAUAUUUAUUUAAUGUGAUUUCAUGCAGUUAAAGAUAUCAAAUUUCUAGUUUCAUUGAGUGGAUCUCUCAAAUUUAUUCAGAUUCAAAAUUUAUUGAUUGAUGAUCUGUCCAAAUCACAUAGAAAAAUUGUGUUUUUAAUUUCUUGAAUAUAUUUAUUCAAUGUGAUUUUAUGCAGUAAAAGAUAUCAAAUUUCUAGUUCCAUUGAGUGGAUUUAUGAAAUUUAUUCACUCGUUAAAACUGUGCCUGAUCGUAUUAUAUUCAUUGAGUGGAUAUGAAAACACUAGUUUUUCUUGAUAUAUUGAUUUUAAAACAUUAAACGAUUUUUAAACAUUAAGCGUUAAUGACUAAUUUGUAACUCUUUAACAUUAGUGAAGCUAUUUUUCUGGGAGAAUGUUGUAACAAAAGUCCAUUGUAACAAAACCUGAUUCCAAUAUAUAUAAAAUCAAAACUAAUCACUCAUGACUUGAGUAUUAUACUCAAUACUUACUAGACCCCUCAACAUGUUUAUUGAGGGCAGGUAUCCCUACAACCAUCACAUGAGUAUUAUUGUGCAUAAUAUAGUAAUGAACCUGAAGUAUUUUAUAGUUUAGAUAUUAGUAUGAUUAUUAUAAAUGUAGACACGUAAAUUUGAUGUGAGGCACUGAUUGAUUGUAAACUUGCUGAUUUUAACUAAAUGAAAUGAGAAUAUUUUUAUCUACUACAUUGAAUAGAUGUUUGUAAAUAAAUGUAAAAAACUCCUUAUAACUACAACUUAUAAUAUUUAUCUCACAAUUCUAUUAUUAUGGAUGUAAUAACUUUAGUAGUAUACAAUUCAAUCUUCCAUCUUUGUUUUAUCUUUAUUGUUUAAUUGUUUUUAACGGGGAAGCACAAGAGCAAGAAAGAGAGUAAAGUCUGUGUAAUUUUAUUUCAGUUCAUUUCAUAUCUCUAUCUUGGUCUUAUUUCAGUGACUAUACUAAAACAUUUCAAAUAAAUAUUCUUAUUGUGCGUGUAAAUUGGUAUAUUUUUUGUAACAAUAUCAAGGUUGAUUUAAGUUAUUUAUUGUCACAAUGGAAAAUCUUUUCAAUUCGAUAUAGUCCAUUCCCUCUUUCUGGAGCUUUUUACUACUGUGAUAAAAUAACUUACUUAAUUGUUCCAUGAUAAUUUCAUCAAUAAAGUUUAUAUACUUUGUACUCUAAA